AAAUCAUUGGAAAAUUGGGGACAUUGAAACGCGUUUUUCCACAGAAUCAUAAGAUAAACUGCAACAAAUCUUUCUAUAAAACGUUUUGCUUUUGCAUUAGCUUGAAAUCUGAUUCAUUUACAUCUUGCAGAUAUGGCAAAGUCGGUCGAAAAAAUAGCUCUGAGAAAAGGUCCAUGGAGUACCGAAGAAGACCACAAAUUGAUAGCUUAUAUUAAUAGAUAUGGUAUCUGGAAUUGGACAGAGAUGGCCAAACCAGCAGGAUUGCAAAGGUCCGGGAAGAGUUGCAGACUUCGUUGGUUGAAUUAUCUAAGACCUGGAAUUAAGCGUGGAAAUUUCACUAGGGAAGAAGAGGAAACCAUAAUUGAUUUGCAUGAAAGGCUUGGAAAUCGAUGGUCAGUGAUUGCGUCAAGGUUGCCUGGAAGAACUGACAAUGAGAUUAAAAAUUAUUGGCAUACUCACUUGAGCAAACGUUUGAAGCACAACUCAAUGCCAAAAAGUGAACCUUUCCAAAUAUCCAAUGUUGAAACCGAACAGAAGAGCUCAUCCGAAAUUGAUCUUCCACCAGCCAAGGCUCCAAAAGCACCAAAUUCAGAAAGCUGUGGUGCAAUCCAGCUGUUCCCACAAUUUUCUACUGACAGUUUUCCGUCAUCAAGCUCCAACCCUGCAGCCAAAAUUGAUGAAAAGCAAACUAUUGGUUCAUCCGAAACAUUUGGAGAACUUCAAAGCAUAUUGGAGCAGCCAUUCACUGCAGAAGGAUCAUACAGAGCGGAGAAUUCUGGGGCCAUUUAUGCAGAACCUGAAGUUUCUUCAUCCAGCUCUCACCUGGAGUGGUUCCAGUAUCGGGGUAAUUCCUGUGAUGAUGUUUGGUUCAACUUUUUGAUGAAAGAAAACAUCCACGGGGGCUAAUAAUCUCUUUUCCAAUCUUUUUUUUUUUUUUUGAGCAUUCUCUUUGUCCAUCUUAAAUUUCUAGCGCAUUUAAGUGUUCAUAAAUAGUAUUGUGCAGGUUGUAGCUAGACUAGUGGUAUUGGGCUAUUGGCAUUGGAUUUGGAUGGAUGCCAGCUCUUAAUGUCCAUGCAUGUGCAUAUCUUAUAGCAACAAAGUUUUCAGCUUCCUUUUUGAAUGCGGGCAAAUCUUGGUUCUGGUGGACUGAUCCGGAAUUUGGUAGGAAAUCUUGAUUGUGGCUUUUAACUUCUCUCCUGUAUUAAAAAAAAGAAAUGCAGGCAAAACAAAAAUAAAAUAUGCAAAUAAUAUUGUAGUAUAAAUCAGUUGAACUUGUAAUCUAGGACAGUGGAUUAUGGUCAAUAAAUUUGCAGUUACCUUAAUUAAAA